AGUGGGUGUGGGAAACAUGGAGAAAAGAAAAGAGAAAGACGGACGGGCUAUAUAGUGGGCUAUCUCUGUCUUACCAGUAGCCGAAGGUCUAUUAUCUGCAAUGGCUGCCACUUCUACUGGAAAAUCAUCCGUUUCUUCUUCUCUUGCAAAUUCCUUCAAUUUCUCCUCUGAUCCUCCUCCUAAACUUGUUCUAUCCCGAGACCAGUUAUUCUACUGCUCUGAUGCUAUCAAAUCAUUCAAGGAGAAGACUCGGUCUCCAGAUAAGAUUGAGCAGGAAUUUGAUAUCCCCAAGGAAUUUGAUCACUUGAAGCUACAGGAUGUUGCGAAUGAAAUCUGCAGAGAAGCUCUCCGGGAUGUCAAUCGGCACAAAAACCGUUACAAGAGUAUCAUCCCAUUUGAUAAAACCAGGGUUGUGCUCAAGUCAUCCGAGGUCACCAGAUCAUCUGGAAGCGAUUAUAUCAAUGCAAGCUUUGCGGAGGUUGGUUCCGGUGAAUCCGUUUCACGUUGUAUAGCUACACAAGGUCCGCUGCCAGAUACUUAUGAAGACUUUUGGGAGAUGGUAAUCCAGUAUCACUGCCCUGUGAUUGUGAUGCUUACUCAAUUAUUCGACGAUGGAAAGAUUGUCAAAUGUGGAGAUUAUUUUAAUUCAGAAGACAAGCCAAGAGAAUUUGAUAACAUUCAUGUCACCACUAAAUGGACAAGAACAACUGAUACUUCGUUAGUCUUGAGUUGUUUGGAGCUGAAGUACAAACAUUCAGAAGAGCCUGCCCACAAUGUCCUCCAUAUUCAAUAUCUUGAAUGGCCUGAUAUGGGAGUACCCGACGGUACACUUGAAAUUCGUGAUAUUGUGAAAAGGAUAUAUCAUAUACCCCCUGUUCUUGGCCCCAUAGUGGUUCACUGCAGUGCAGGUGUUGGGAGAACGGGUGCAUUUUGUACGAUCCUUAAUACGAUCCAAAGAAUCCUUGAUGGGAAUAUGACUGCUUUAAAUCUUAGUGAUACUGUCAGCAUCUUCAGAUCUCAGCGUAUCGGGAUGGUGCAAACAAAGGAACAAUAUUAUUUUUGCUAUAAUGUCUUAAUUGAUGAGUUGGAGGAUCUUACAUCUAACAACAAUCUUUAGGAAGAGAAAAUCUAGGCGUGGAUGGGUUAAAAUGUGAUGGUGGUUAUAUGAAAGUUCUAGUAUGAUAAUUUGAUGCUUCAAGGGUUACCCAGUAAUAUAUUUAAGAAGUUGAUGAGUAAUCAUGCAGGUAUCCUAAAUUUGUUAUGUUCUUGAAUCUAGAAGCUGACAACGAGGUUGCAGGUAUGUUGUGGAACACACUUGAAGAGUGUUUAUUGAUUUCAUGAUGUAAUUUGAUUUUUUAUUGUAGACUGGAAAUAUGUUGUCCGGGGUUUAUUUUAGAUGCUAUAUUGAUGAAUUAUCUUUAAUAGUAAAAGUAAAUAAGUGCCUAGUUGCUUUUAAAAAAAAUUAUGAUUCCAUAACUAACAAUC